GGCAGGAGCGGGCGAUGCUGGCUGUGUCGCUCAAGUGGCGGCUAGGCGUGGUGAGGCGGCGGCCCAAAGACGAUGGGCCUUAUUCCAAAGGAGGCAAGGAUGCAGGAGGAGCCGAUGUGGCCCUGGUGUGCCGCAGACAGAGCAUCCCAGAGGAGUUCCGAGGGGUCACCGUGGUAGAGUUGCUCAAGAAAGAAGGCAGCACGCUGGGCCUGACCAUCUCAGGUGGCACCGACAAGGAUGGGAAGCCCAGAGUCUCCAACCUGAGACCUGGAGGGCUCGCGGCCAGGAGUGACCUGCUGAACGUGGGUGACUACAUUCGGUCAGUGAAUGGGAUCCACCUGACCAGGCUUCGCCAUGAUGAGAUCAUCACCCUGCUCAAGAACGUGGGCGAACGCGUGGUGCUGGAGGUGGAGUAUGAGCUGCCCCCGCCCGUUCCUGAGAACAACCCAGGGACCAUUUCAAAGACGGUGGACGUCUCCCUCUACAAGGAGGGCAAUAGCUUUGGCUUUGUCCUCAGAGGAGGUGCCCAUGAAGAUGGUCACAAGUGCCGCCCACUUGUCCUGACCUAUGUGCGGCCCGGAGGCCCUGCGGACAGGGAGGGCUCCUUGAAGGUGGGUGACAGGCUGCUUAGUGUUGACGGGAUCCCACUGCAUGGGGCGAGCCACACUGCUGCCCUGGCCACUCUGCGGCAGUGCAGCCACGAGGCCCUCUUCCAGGUGGAGUACGACGUGGCCAUUCCAGAUACCGUGGCCAAUGCUUCAGGACCCUUGAUAGUGGAAAUAACCAAGAUGCCAGGGUCCACCCUGGGGAUCUCGCUCACCACUGGCUCCCACCGGAGCAAGCCAGUCAUCACCAUCGACCGCAUCAAGCCGGCCAGCGUGGUGGACAGGAGUGGGGCCCUGCAUGCUGGAGACCACAUCCUGUCCAUCGAUGGCACCAGCACGGAACGCUGCUCAUUGCUUGAGGCCACCAAGCUCCUCACCAGCGUGUCAGAAAAAGUGCGACUGGAGAUCCUGCCUGCGCCCCAAAGUCGGCGGCCCCUGAAGCCCUCAGAGGCAGUGAAAGUGCAAAGGAGCAAGCAACCGCAUCGCUGGGACCCUUGCAUGCCCUCCUGCCACAGCCCCCGGCCGGGCCACUGUAGGACAUCCACCUGGGCCACACCUGCCAGCCAGGACCAGAGCCAAUCCUUAUCCUCAACUCCAUUUUCCUCACCGACCAUGAACCACACCUUUUCCUGCACCAACCCCAGCACCCUUCCCCGAGGAUCCCAGCCCAUGAGCCCCCGGACCACAAUGGGGCGGAGGAGGCAGCGGAGAAGGGAACACAAGAGCUCAUUGUCACUGGCCUCCAGCACAGUGGGGCCAGGCGGGCAGAUCGUGCAUACAGAGACCACGGAGGUCGUGCUCUGCGGUGACCCCCUCAGCGGCUUUGGCCUCCAGCUUCAGGGCGGCAUCUUCGCCACCGAGACCCUGUCCUCCCCACCCCUCGUGCGCUUCAUCGAACCUGACAGCCCAGCAGAGAGGUGUGGACUGCUGCAGGUUGGGGACCGUGUCCUGUCCAUCAAUGGCAUUGCCACUGAGGAUGGGACAAUGGAGGAAGCCAACCAGCUGUUGCGAGAUGCUGCGCUGGCCCACAAGGUUGUGCUGGAGAUAGAGUUCGAUGUGGCGGAGUCUGUCAUCCCGAGCAGUGGUACCUUCCACGUGAAGCUGCCUAAGAGGCGUGGUGUGGAGCUGGGCAUCACCAUCAGCUAUGAGCAGGAAACCACAGGUGCCAUCAGCUACACAGUGGAGUUGAAACGCUAUGGGGGCCCCCUGGGCAUCACCAUCUCGGGCACAGAGGAGCCUUUUGACCCCAUUGUCAUCUCAGGCCUCACCAAGCGUGGUUUGGCAGAGAGGACUGGCGCUAUCCAUGUUGGCGACCGUAUCCUGGCCAUCAACAGUGUUAGCCUCAAGGGCCGGCCUCUGAGUGAGGCCAUCCACCUCCUGCAGGUGGCUGGUGAGACCGUCACACUGAAGAUCAAGAAGCAGCUAGACCGCCCCCUCCCACCUUGCAAGUCAGGCAGCUUCAGCGAGACCAGUGAUGGGGAUGAGGACCCGCCAGAGGUACUCAAAGGAAGCCUGCUGGCAGCCCGGUUCUCGCCUGCUGUGCCCAGUGUGGACAGUGCUGUGGAGUCCUGGGACAGCUCUGCCACGGAGGGUGGAUUUGGGGGCCCAGAUGAGCAGGAAACCACAGGUGCCAUCAGCUACACAGUGGAGUUGAAACGCUAUGGGGGCCCCCUGGGCAUCACCAUCUCGGGCACAGAGGAGCCUUUUGACCCCAUUGUCAUCUCAGGCCUCACCAAGCGUGGUUUGGCAGAGAGAUCCCAGCUCAGGAGCCUUCCCUGGCCUCUCAUACCGGACCAGAUCCUCUGUCCUUGGCCCUUGUCUUCCAUGAACCUGGCCUCUGCAUCCAUCAUGACGGGCACUGUGCAGAGCGUGGCCCUUGAGGGCCGGCCCGGCCACCGGCCCUGGCGGAGGGACCGGGAGGUACACGCUUCCCCUGAAGAGAUGCAGGAGCUGCUGUUGCCGACACCCUUGGAGAUGCACAAGGUGACCCUCCACAAGGACCUCAUGAGGAAUGACUUUGGCUUCAGUGUCUCAGACGGCCUCCUGGAGAAGGGUGUCUAUGUCCACACUGUGCGUCCUGAUGGGCCAGCCCAACGGGGGGGCCUCCAGCCCUUUGACAGGGUCCUCCAGGUCAACCACGUUCGCACGCGGGACUUUGACUGCUGCCUGGCGGUGCCGCUCCUGGCUGAGGCGGGCGACGUCCUGGAGCUGGUCAUCAGUCGCAACCCGCUGGCACAGAGCGGUCGGGCCCCACGAGCACCAGGCCCCAGCAAGCCCCGGAUGCUCUGAAGUCAGCGCAUGGUCCAGACAGCCAAGGGGGCACCCAGGCAGAUCCUGGCUCCCAGGCCUGUAGCUGGGCUGGAGAAGUGGCCACCUACUCGUCCGUCUGUCCAUCUGGCAGGCUCUGAGCCAUGGACAGGACUUUGUCUCUGUUUUCCAGUUCUGUGGUGACUGGAGUGCCAGGCAGUGAGGUCCCUGCCCCAGUUGGAGUGGCGUCUAGGUCUUUUCUCCAUGUUGGGUCUCCAAGAUACCCCGGAGGUGCCUGGCUCAAUAAGGGAUAGGCUACUCAGCCAAGAGAAGAGGGGCCUGGGGGUGGCCCUAGGUCCCCACAGGGCCUCCUCGGAGGGGUGUCUGGUGAGGGGAAAGCCAGCUCACGGUAGGAAGUACAUUCUCCCAGCAGAGCUGUGUAGCUGGUAUGAGCUGCCAGGGAGUAGUGAGCUCCCUGUCACAGAAGGUGAGCAAACGGGAGCUGGAUACCCCAGUGUCGUUGUUGACUGAGGUGUGAGGCAUCCCAGUGAGGCAUCCACAUGAGCUCAGAAGGUUAGUUUCCCAAUGGGGGGGGCAUUCAGGGUGAGGCUGGGGGGCCACUUCAGCUGGAGAGCUGACCUCCAGGAAGGAUGCUGCUUAGGAUAGGAGCCCACCUCAUUUUGUUCUGUAGAAUUCCGGUGUUUGGGAUGUGCUGGCUCCGAGAUUCUCUACAUCCCAGCGUCCCCACUUAGGAUAGUUUGAGUUGGGGCAUCUGGAAUCCAAGAAGCACCAGCCCUUUGAUAGGAAAGUCAGUGAUUGUUUCAUUUUGGAGUCACUGGGUCCAGCGCUUCUGUGAUUCGAGACUGCAGUUUUAGACGCACCGGGCUUUGGGCUGAGCCCCUCCUGCUGCUUUUGUAGGAUACGUGGCUGCUGACCCAUCUGCAUCCACCCUUCUCAGCCCAGGUCCCUCGAUGAGGAGGGAGUCAUUUGGGGACAAAAGAUCCAGGGGGCUCCAUUCAUCUGCCAUUCAGUGAAGAUGGGAAGCCAUGGAAGUAUGAUGUGUAAGCUGAUGCAGCUCCUCCCAUGUCCAACUCAGUGGAGGACAAAGGGAGAAGCACAGAGAUGAAGGGGGAAACACAGCAGCAGAGAGAUAAGCCAGAGAGAGGGGCCAUUCUCUCUCACACCCGUUGGUGACAGUGUCCAAAGUGGUCAUUCAAGGAAGUUUCUUUCCACUUGAAAUCUGGAAGCACUAGCAUCUCUUAAACUUGUUUUCUCAUUUCCCACAGCCCAGAAACCCUUUUGAUUUUGAGAAGGACACAGGGCCUCCACCUGGUGGUCUGCGGUGUGGCCUCUGGGAUGGAGGUGGGCAGGCGGGAUGCACCCAGGUCUAGGUUUUGCUUUGCCCCUGCCCAUCUCUUAAGGGGGUCUCAAGAAAACAGGAGGCACCCACUGCCACCUGCACCCUCCUCCACCCCUGCAUGCCCUGGAGGCCCGAAAAACACUCUUCUACUCAAGAGACCAGAUGGGGAGUCAAGAUGCCUGUUCUUUUCCCACUGGGUCGCUGCUUUGCUGUGUGACCCCCUCUGAGUCUGAUACUCCCUACGGACAAUCAAGGGGUAGACAGUCUCUGAGCAGGUUUGAGCCUCCCUGUCCAUGGAGGCUUCCUGGGCACUCUACCCACGCUCUCCCUGAGGGCCUGCCUCCACGCCCCCCCCCACCGCCACCACACCUCUGCGUCUUGGUCCCCCACACCCUCCCUGGAGAGCCCUUCAUGCCCUGGCUGAACUGCUCAGUGCCUCUGCUAUCCUGGAUUCCUGUGUCAACAUCUGCCCCAAAGUGAAAGGGCACUGCCAACCCAUCACAGGGGCACCAAGAAAAAGCCAAGGACCCUCAGCUUGGGGGGCCCGUGAGGGGCACAGCAGACAUGGCUGCCCGCAGCCUCAACUGUGUGAACUCCAGCCUCUCUGGGCCUAUGUCACUUGACAGAGCUGGACAGAACACACUCCGAGGGCCUCUGGGCUUGGUAAAGCCAUGUUGGACUGCAGGUGAGGGAAGAUGCAUCCUGACCCUGACCAACACCCCUCCCUCCCUUGGGCUGAGGUUUCUGCCGUUCCCCCCAGCACACCCUAUCCGGACAUAUGCAACUAGGCCAGGCAGGUGGACCUCCUCGCUAUGGCCGGCCUUCUCAUAUGCAAUAUUUCUUCUGGCUUCUCAUGGGGAUUGUUCAUCCCAGACUUGUUUCCUGAUACCCGUCCCCCGUGAGCAUCCUGCCUGCCUAUGCAUUUUGGAUACAGCCCCUGCAACAUGCCCCUUCUACCCCCUAAAAGCUGUAUUUUUCUCUGGCUGAGAUGAAAGCAUAUUCCUUGUAAAGUAUUUUUCUACACGGGGUUUCUUAGGGCUCUUGGGAAGCACCACAUGCUAAGGGCCUGCACUGUAAAGGCCAUUUGGGGUCUGUUUGGGCCCUGUGUAAAUCUGUCUGUCCCACAGAGGGCUGCAAUGACUGAGGAGCUUGGGAUGGGGUGCUGGUGGGAUGAU